AUGACAGCCGAAGAAGUACAAGUGGCUGAAUCACAUGAAAUUAAGGAGACCAGUGAACUAGCUCAAGAUACUGAAGUCCCAGUCUCCAAGUCUGAAGUUGUCGAUACUGAAAGGAGUCCCUCUAUAAACGAAGAACAUGAAAACAAUACAUCAGAUGAACACAUUGACAACAUACUAAAAGAGGUUGAGGAAAUCAGAUUCAACAAGCAAUCAUCAACUCCACUUAAGGUCAAAGUGGAACAUUCAGCAGUUUCAACACCAAAUUCAACAAUACUCUCCACUCAACAACCUCAUGAAGAUACCAGUAUAACAAUAGAUUCACCACCUAAGAGCUUGGAUACUUCAAUAGUGAACGAAGUUAAAACGGCGCCAGCAAAAAAAGCAAAUAUUCCAAAUUCAGUUUCACAAGCAUUAUUCAGCCAACCAUUAAAAGUUACCAAGAUUCGUGAAAAAUCACCAACUCCAAGGUUUGUUGGUAUAAAAGGUCCAGCAGAUCCAGCAGCUAAUAAACGUUUUGAAGAGUUGCAAAGAAAAGAUCAAGAACUGAGCCAAAAAAUCUUUAAGCUGAAUAGAGAAAUUGAAUAUUUGAAAAGUCUUGUCGAAACAGCUAGUGUUACAUCAGAUUUAAGUGAAUUAAGAAAAUUAAAAUAUGCCAUUGAAAAACUUGAAGAAUAUUUGGAUAAGAAACAAAAAGACAAAUAUGAAAUCGGAAUUCAAUUGACAAGAGCAGUUCGUAAGAGAGUUGAUAGUGGUGAGAGUGGUGAAUUUUGGGUUAGUUGA